AAUAUGGAAGGAGCGAAGAAGCGACGUCACGAUGUUGCACCUAGUCCGCCAGUGAUGUCUCAGACUCAAGAUGUACAACAGGAGUCAGCAAUUGAUUCACCUGCCUUUCAACCAGUAAAAAUGGCAACCAAAGAAUCCGAAUCUAAAGUCCAGUCCGGAUUUGUUGACAACUGGCAGAAAGGAAAGUCAGUCAUAGAGAGUCUCAGAUAUUCACUGGAGGAACAGAUCCUGUGUGACGUCACCUUCAUUGUGGGAGAAAACCGGAAGCGGAUACAGGCUCACAGGUUCAUACUGAGUCUGCGCAGCUGUGUAUUCAUGGCGAUGCUGACCGGACCUCUAGCAGAACAGGAUGAAAUUGAAAUCCCAGAUAUCGAUUCUGAUACAUUUGAACAGGUUUUACAGUGUUUGUACACUGAUGACAUCAUCAUAGACGGGAACAACGUCGUCGGGCUGUUUGGUAUGUGCAAUAAAUACAACAUCGACUAUUUGGAAAAGAAAUGUCUGAAAUACAUUUGGCAAAAUGGCGACGCAGUUUUAAAAUCUGACAGUUUCUGUGACCUCUGUCACGACUGUUUUGCGAAAGUCAUAGAAGCUGAUCAACUAAAAGCCAGUGAGGAGUCUGUCUUUGAAGCUUCCAUCGCCUGGAGCGAGGCAGAGUGCAUACGACAAGGAAGGGAGGUAACUCCAGAAAACAGACGCAGCGUUAUUGGUGAUGGUAUACGUCUGAUUCGCUAUUCUAAAAUUAACCCAAACUAUUUUGUGCAGAAAGUAUCGCAGUCAAGUUUGUUGACGGAAGCUGAAGAAAACAAGAUCCUCAGAUCUUUCAUCAUACGAGGCGAGGAUGUUUCACCAUUUAGUUCACGCUACAGAGAAGGUACAAACAAAACUCGUAUUGAAAUCAAUCGAUUUGGUAACAUUAAGUCUACGUAUUCGUACAGUAAACAAGCUAGUUAUGAAUGCAUUGCUUUUUGUCUGGAUACCAAUGCGAAACUACAAGGAUUUAACUUGUAUGGAUCGACGAAACCUUCGAGUGCUGAUACCUUGGAUGUCGUCACAGUUUCUGUGUGUGACGCUACAACAGAUGAAAUAGUAUCUGGAUCGUCAGUAUCGAAGGAAAUUCAAUCGAAUAAAGUCAUGUUUGACGUAGAUUUUCCUCGUCCUGUCCAGCUCAGUGAGAAUAAAACGUAUAAUCUGAUGGUCCAAAUGGAAAGAAAAACUGGAUACAAUGUUAGCAACGCUCUAUUUUAUAGUCAGUCUUCGACUGAAGACCGAAACUACUUCAGUGGUAUGCAGGGCAAAUCAGUUGUAACACAUGGCUCAUUCACGUGUUCCUUCCACGACUACAAGGAAUGCAAACAUUUCACAGAAGAGAACAGCACUGGUGUUUAAACUGGACAGAUACCAUGCUUAAAAUUCUUGCUGUAACAAUCUCAGCUAGUGCGUCAACGAUAAACAAGUAUACUGGUAUACCGCAAUAAUUGGUCAGCUCGAUACGAACCGCGGUACCGUUUUACGUAUCGCGAUUUUUACACGCUAGUUUUUACUUGUAUCUUAUAUGACUUGAAAUAGGCAAACAAACAAACAAACCAAAACCCCAUCAUUUUAUUAAUUGGUGAUGACAGGAAAUGUAACAAUCACGUCAAGCGUAGUCGGCUUACUUGUUGGCAUACGAGGUGAUAGGUCGGUUAUACAUGGUUCUAACUUCUAAACAAAAUGUGUUAAAAGUCCAGUAAAAAUAACCAGUUAAGGAUAAUUACAAAUAAAUGUUUUAUUACUUACACAUUAUUAUUCAUUGCUCAUUUACGUUGGGAUACUGCUGCAGCUGCCAUCUUCAAAGAAAUAAACCAACAAAUGAGAAUCGCACUUUUCCCUGAACUCGGAAUACUUCGGCCGAUCGUUCAAAACACCUCGGCCAAUAACCUCUGGUUCGGUCGAUCUGCCGAAACAUUGCGACUCCAUACGUACAUGUCCGUGUCAAGCGAGCGGCAACGGAAAAGCCCUAUAGUAAGAAUUUCCGAGUGUGACAGUUUGUAAAUAGUUUGACACCGUCACACCGGUAUUCUAAUAGACCAGUAUUGUGUUAAAAAAUAAAAAUAAAAAAUGACAAAGAAGAACAUUAUGCUACUAAUAAAUGUCGUGGUUUAUAUAAUCAUUUAGGUAUAUGAUGAAAUCAAUAUUACAGAUAUUUAGAUGUAUAUACUUAGUAGUACUUAUUUAUCUCAAACUAGCUAUGUUAAGUUGUAUGCACAAAAAACCGCGUGCCACAAGUAUUUAGCAACUGACCAUCAAAGAAACGCUAAUGCAUUUUGGCUGACAGCUGAAACUAAUAAAGCUCAUUACAAAGUGUUUGCCUUCUGCUUUCAUAAAAAGACAACCCAUUAAGUUUUUAUUUAAAUAAUAUCAAAUAUAUUGCAAUACAUAUUGCAAUACGGUUUCUUAUAUCGCAGUUUGUCGCAAUGUGGUUUUGACCGUAUCGUUGCACCCAUAAUCUUAGCCAAAGGAUUUUCUGUUGGGGCAUGUGUCAGUAUGUUACUCUCAACGUAUAAAACCAGUCUCUCAGUUAAAAACUAAUGAAGCUUGGAAUUCAACAGAAAUGGUUUUGAAAUAAUUAGCACUGAUUUUGAUUCAAACUGAUAGAUGUACAAUGGGAAAUGGGUGGAUGGGCUUGAUAGUAUACAAAGACAAAGACACGAGGGAACUGUUGGUAUUACAGAUCAACAAUGUUUAUGUAAAAUGCAAAUAGGUAAUAUGGGACUCAAUGUGGGGUCGAAUGUCAGUGGUGCAGGGUUGAAUGUUAGUAACACUAAUAACUAACUCCAUGACAUUCUGGGUGAAGGUUUUAGCUGCACUCACUCUUCGCUGUUACCAUCUGUCUUUUUCCUUAUUUCUUUCCAUCAGUUUACUUUUUAUAGGCAUUGUCUUGUUGAAACAGAAGGGGACCUCCUAAUCUUCAGUGACGGCGCAUAAGUGGCUGAAGAACUGGUCUUAGAAUAACGACAACAUAACGCUGGGCUGUAGCUGUAAGGGCAUCGUUGACAAUGAUGAGAUCACUCCUGAAAUCACAGUUAAUUGCCCCCCCCCCCCCCCCCCCCCCCCCCAUACCAACAGACAACCGCCGCCAAACCGAUCACCUUCCCUCACACAUCUGUCAACGUACCGUUCAUGGAGUCUCCUGUACACACGUGCUCUUCCAUCGGCAGAGGAGACAGAGAAACGGGACUCAUCUGAGAAAACAAUGCUCCGGUAAAAGGCUGGUGGAUGAUUACCAUUCUG